AUGUCUGAAGAAUCCGACGCCCUGCUUAAUAGAGGCUCCAAGUCGAACGAUAUGGGUGAAAAUAGCCAAGCCAAAUAUAUACCAAGACCAGUAAAUUCAGAUAGAAGUAUUAGUGACAGCAAGGAUGGUAAACUUGGCAUAAUUGAUUCUAAGACAAAAGGAAUAUCUAAUAUAGCAAAGGUUACUGGCAGACAAAUCAGAAAUGGUGCUCAGCGUACAUCUAGAACUGCUCAAAAGCUAAAAUUAUUACCAGAAGAGGCCUUCCAUAGAGAUGAAGAAGUCUCAGAACUCCGAGAUAGGGAUGUUUAUUCUCAAGUGAAUAGAAUAACAGAUAAGAAUGCAAGAAGAGAUGCUGAAAAGCUUGGAAAAGCACACAGACAUUUGCUACCGAGAUGUACCUCAUAUUGUACUGCCAGUAGUUAUAAUAUGAAGGAUUUGAUAAGGUGGUUAAAGGACUCGAAGAAAACGCAUCAUACACAUCCAAAACUAUUUGAUGAAUGUCUAUAUACACCCUUUUUAUACAAUGAUUGGAGGGGCGACAAAAGAUUCGAACAUGAAGACGUGAUAAGACUUGAUGAUGAAGGUGGUGAGAUAAACGUAAGUGAUAAACAUCCUGAUAUAUUCAUCUUUGAGUAUGGUGUUAUUGUCUUGUGGGGCUUUACUGAAAGAGAGGAAAAGGCAUUCUUGAAUGACUUAGAGAAAUUUGAAAAAGAAAAACUGGCCGAAGAAGAUAUCCAAAUUGAAGAGUUCAAUUACUAUGUUACACAAAGUUAUCAGCCUAGAAUUUAUAAUGAUUUCAUUACAUUAAGAGAUGGUUCCAACUAUAUGAUAAAAUUGUCCAUAUCACAUGCAAUCGCCCAAAGUGUUAAAAUAUCUUUGUUUGAAGAAUUAGUAGAUAAUACAAUCGAAGACACACAAGACAUUCCGCAAGAGAUUGCAUCGAGUGGUAAAGUUUCUAUGAGUAAAGAAGAAAUCAUGAAAAGUAUAGGUGAGUUGUUCAUUUUGAGAAUUAAUAUCAACCUACAUGGUUCAGUUUUAGAUUCACCAGAAAUAAUGUGGUCCGAACCUCAGCUUGAACCAAUUUAUCAGGCUACAAGGGGAUAUCUAGAAAUUAAUCAGCGUGUCGCACUCUUAAAUCAGAGAUUGGAAGUCAUUUCUGAUCUGUUACAAAUGUUAAAAGAACAAUUGGGACAUUCUCACGAAGAGUACUUAGAACUUAUUGUGAUUGUGUUGGUGGUUGUGGAAGUUGUUGUAUCACUAGUAAAUAUUGCUGUAGACAUGAUAGCUAACCGAACUUAG